AAUGUUUGCCGAAGUCGUAACACGUGGUCUGCGGAACGGCAAUUAAAACGACAGUUUUUUUUAGCCUUUUAUAUUGUUCUCUCACAUUCAGUAUCAAAUCAAUGAAAUAAAACCAAUAAUCGUUUAAAAAUCCAUUUUUAAAUAAAAGAAAUAACUUAUUGUAUAAGUAUUUCGAUCCACGUUAUUAUAAUACGGUGUAAUUACUCAUUUAAUAAGUGGAACGAACAUACAUACUUAUAUGCGGAAUUGCUUUAUUCAAUGUUGCCGGAUGGUCUCCAGCAGAAGAAACCAUUUUGUGGACCCUACCAUUCAAUCCAAAUCAGCCAGAGCAUAUAACACUGAAGUCAUCAACAAAUACAUCAUUACAGUUUGAGUGGAAUUUGCCAAUGUAUUCUAACGGAAAUAUUAAGUUGUACAUCUCAUAUUUUCAAUACAUAGGGCCAAAAUAUUUUGUUUCUUCGAAAUGUUUUAACGUACCAGUGGAAGCCAUACUGCGAGAAACAGCUAGCUUGCAGCAGAAUUUUCAAAACUUACUUGCAUAUACUUCAUAUAGCCUUCAAAUAGCAGCACAAAAUGAAUAUGGCGUGGGACAUUAUAGCAGACCACUUGUAGUGGAAACUGCCCCAUGGAUUUCAGAACCCCUUGAAGAUCUUAAAGCAGCAACAUUUGGUCCAUAUCCGAUGGAAAAUCGAUAUCAAGCGCACGUUAUCAUCACAUGGACGAUUCCAUGUUUUGUAAAUGGAGAAUUAGAAACAUUUCACCUCAAUAUUUUCGGCGAACAUGAAGGGCAACCCAAUCAUUCAUACAAUCGAACAAUAUUACCAGUCUAUGAUAGUAACGGCUGCGUUACUUACAAGGAAGUUAAUUUAAAACCUGAUUUUGACUACUUUGUCGAAAUCACUGUGAAUAUAAAAGAAGUGAGUAAAAGUAGCCAACCAGCAUCUACACGUUUCAAGGCACCUUCUGCAAUACCUGAAAAGUUAGAUGACUUGCAAGUUCAAAAAAUUGCAGUUGACUCUUUUUCCUCGCACAAUCCCACAAAAACUGCUGCAGUUAAAUUCCCGGUUGAUAUGCUAAAUACCUAUUUAGGAUCAAUAAUAUAUGUGGCCUUACUUGUGUCUGAAAAGGGAUGUAAUCCUGCCCCAAAACUUCAAUUCGAUUCUUUAAACUCGCACGAAAAUUGGCCGUAUGUUAUGUCAUGGAAUGAUGCCUAUGCUAAUAAUAAAGAAAAUUGUGUAAAUCAAUAUCAAGUUACAGAAGUUCGUUGGAACCCGCUAUCAGGACUACAUUCCAAUGAAACUUACAUAACUGAAUGCACAACUGAACAGAUAUAUUGCAAUGGUCCUUUAAAGCCAGCUACUGAAUACUACUUAGUGUUUCGAUUUUUUACGAGAUCUGGUUAUAACGAUGUAGCACUUUUAGAGUUUGCAACUGACUCUAUUUUUCAACUGACUCUAAUUAUUAUAUGCAUUUGCGGAUGUUUACUUUUAUCUCUAAUUGUAGGCAUUUCAUACAUUUGGAUUUCAAAACGCAUACUUUGGCAAAAAGAUUCAUGUCAUGUAAUCGAAGACUCACUAGGUGACAUUACCGGAAAGACUUUCGCUAUUUACUUUAAAACACUAACUAAAACUGAAAAACUAACAAGAGAGUAUAAAGAACUAGCAUUUGUGGCGACAGAUCUCAGCUAUUCCGCAUCAGAAACAGGAUCUAUCAAAAAUCGAUACACCGAUAUAUUCCCAUGUAUUAACAAGUAA